AUGGUUUCCGACAACGGUGACCGCGUGAAGCUCAACGUCGGCGGCGAGAUCUUCGAAACCAACGCAUCGACGAUUCAAUCAACUUGCCCGGACUCUCUUCUCGCGGCUCUCUCGAAUCCAACCUCUCAUGGAUCGAUUCCUGUGUUCAUCGAUCGUGACCCGGAGAUUUUCUCCGUCAUUCUCAAUCUCCUCCGUACGAGAACACUCCCAGCUACUUCCUCCGGAGUUUUCUCUAAGCAGGAGCUACUCGAUGAGGCUCUGUAUUACGGCGUUGAGUCACUCCUCCGGUCGGCGAUGUUGCCUCCGCCGCUUCUAGGUUUCGAUGCUUCUCUCGUCUCAACCAUCACACCGGCGGCUGACGGAAUUCCCUCCGCUUUCACCGCUACAGCCGGAGACUCUUCUCUGUGGAUCGCUCACGGCGGACAGAUCUCCGUCUACGAUUGGAGUCUCUCUCACUCUGGAACAGUCCGUACGCAUCUCAAUGAUAUCACAUCGAUCUGCCGUGUGUGGGACGAAGCGGCGGCGAUUGGAUCUGGAUCCGCUUCGGGGCUUCACUUCUACGAUCUCUCCGGAGGUAGAUACGUCGGAUCUACACACUGGACUGAUCCGGAGGAUCCGAGAAUCCAUAAGGCACGAGUCGCCGCCGUUGCGGAUUCCACCAGUGGAGUGUUCGCUUCCUUCGAGUGUCUUCACAGAGAGAACAGUGUUCUUCAGAUCGAUAAAUCCACUCUCCAAGUCGCCGCCGUCAUCGGCCAGCAACCUGGAAGCUCUGCUAAAACCACUGUACCGGAGAAACUGCGAUUUGUGCCAACGAACGGUCUUUUGAUUGGAUCCGCCGUGCAACGCGGAGUGUUUGGAUGCUCCGGCUACAUCAGAAUUUGGGACCCGAGGUCGAGUAACAUUGUGUGGGAGACGAACGAGCCAGGCUCGGGACGAAGUAGCAGGUUCGGAGACUCCUUAGCUGACAUGGACGUGGACGUUGAAGACUCGAUUCUUUUCAAGGUAUGUUCCAAGUCAGGUGAUCUCGGAAUGGCAGACCUUCGUAAAUUAGGUGAAGAUCCAUGGGUAUAUAUGUCAGACGAGAAUCCCGGCGCUUGGAAGUCCGGCGACGACGGCGGUUACAGCGUCGUGCAUUGUUACAGAAAGCAAGUGUUGGCCGCGAGAGGUGGUGCAUUAGAGGUAUGGUCAAGUGUGAAAGAGAAGACAAUUGGUGAUCAAAUUCGCAGCGAGUCGUUGUACAGAAGAAACUUUGUAGACAAGGAAGAAGAUUCCGAGAGAGGGAUGAUUUCGAAAAUCGAAGCCGGAGGUGAUCGGUUGUUUGUUUCUCGGGAGUUUAUGGAAGGUGUUGAGGUCUGGGAAAGUUCCAAUUUCUCUGGUAUCAUAUCCGUUGAGUGA